GUUACAGAUGAGGGUCGCCUUCUAAUGACACCUGUAAGAGAAAUGGAACUACUGAGGACUGAAACAUUAGAGAAUGCAUGGUACAGUCCGGGAGAGGCAUUUCACGCUGGAGCGAAAGCGUUCGAAUUGAUAGUGAAUGCAAGUUGUAGUUUUUACGACGCGGCUAUAUUCUUGGAGUGGAACGGAGAACAACAGUAUUCUAUCACUUAUUCAUCAGAACGAGGUCGUGUCAGUGUAGAUCGAGGUGGUGUUGACGGAAUCAGGAUGGCCGACUGGAAUCCCGAGGGUCAACUUAAAUGGCGAAUCUUCGUAGACGCCAGCUCCAUAGAAGUAUUUUGUGGUAAUGGUGAAGUGGUCUUCUCUAGUAGGAUUUACCCAAAAAAAAAUAUUCAUAUUAGAAUCGGUGGCGAGAUACAACUUCACGUAACUCAAUAUAAGUUGAAGCGAAGUAUACAUUAUGAUGAAAAACUGCGUCAAUACUUAAAAAAUAAUUUUGUUACUAAAACUAGGCUCUAUUAAUUAUUUAUUUUGCUUGUGGCCACUUAUCUCGUUUUUCUUAAAAUAAAUUGUUGUAAAUGCUGCGUAUGUUUUUUUUUUGACUUCACAAUCGAUAUUCUAUGUUCACCGAUUUCCCGGCGAAUAGUUAACGUAUUUUCAAAAUUACUUUUUAUUAGAAACUCAUGGGCCCGAAGUAUUUCCAUAUGAUUUAGUAUAUAAUGUUUAAAUAUUAUUAUGUUUGGGUAAGUUAUUAUGCAUAAAUAGAGGUUUGCGUAAAGAAAAAUUGCCAGCAAAAGAAAGUAGUCAUGAAUGGACUUGUUUAGAUUUCAAUUAAUUAUCAAUUCGAAGGACUUUUUAUGAAAUGUUAAUUAAUGAAUAAUAGGUAAGUACCUAAAAAGAAGGUUAUAUUAAUGUAUUCUUUCAGUCAUAUUAUAUUACAAGUACCUGGAUGAGAAAUCCGUGCUUGUUAUUUUUUGGUAAACCGUGUUUUUCAUCCGGGUCAUCCGGGUAUGUAUAUUAUUAAAAACACCCCCAAAAUUGUAAACAAUUAUAUUCGCUUUGACUGUAUUCGAUAAAUAUCAGAAAAACAAUAGAAACUCAAAACAUUGACAUAGCAAAAGUAGCAAAUGCUACGGACCCCGCGCAAUAGGGAGUCUCGUUAUGGUCUGACCAAUAAAUUAAUCAGUCAGUCAGUUAAGAAAGUAAGUAUUAAAAAAUAUAAAAUAAGCUACGCUUCUGCCUAAACUCAUAAUCUAUAUUUUAUAUACAUAUAUAAAAGGAGAUGUCCUGGCAUACUGACUGACCGGUGUAGCUCAGUGGUAAGAGCAGUCGCCAGGAUUGCGAAAGAUCAUGGGUUCGAGUCCAGAGUGGCAGGGACAAAGAAGAUUUUUAAGCAUUUUUCAUAAAAAAAUAUCUUAACUUCUUUGCUGUAACUGAAAUGUCAAUGAACUGAACGUAUGAGAAAAUACGCGAUUAACUUGGCCACGAUUAAUUAAAAAGUAUCCUUUUUUGGAACGUUACUUAAAUAAUAACCAAUGAGUUAAAUAACUAGAGAAGCAUACAACAGACGCACCAAAAAGUGUAGCACUUUUCUGAAAUCAGGACGUAGCUUUGCAAAUAACGUUUAUACCAUAUAAUAUAAAUAGGUUUGGUAUGUUUGUCUUCCUAGUAUCUACGAUUAAACUUCAUAUCAAACAAAGACAGAAUAUGUGCGAACGACAGAAUGUAUGGAAAAAUUGAUAAUUGAUGCCAGCUAUCAAAAAUUUUACCCCUUAUGAUGAAUGAAAGAAUGAAAAAGUAAUGUAGAUUUAUGUAUAAAAUCAAUUAGUAAAAUACUGUAACUAUGAAAAUUUCUUUAAUAUAUAUAUAUAUUCAAAUUCGAGAAAAUAGUCGUUCGCUGUCUUAUAUCGUUUUGCCUAUAUAUCAUUUAUAUCGAAAGAACUAGAAAUUAAACUAGUUUCAAUUAUGGAUGUGAAAUGUGGCUUAAUAAGUAUUAUAUCAAUCAUGAGAGUAUACUGAAAAAAAUAAUUGUACACUCAUGAUAUGAAUUGGAUUGGACUUAUUAUCUUGUAGUCUACAUACAGUCACAUAUCAGUAAUGUAAUCUACAACAGAGAUUCUUCAUCUGAAAACCUUACCAGCAGUUGUAAGAGAUAACAAUAUAAAGUAACUUAAAUUUAUAAUGUUCAUUAGUAGAAUAAAAAGCAAAAUUAAUUUAUAUAAGUGAAGCACUUUAGAAUCGGCGACUAGGUCAACGUGCACCAUAGGAGGGGGGAGUAGGAACACUCCCAUCCCACCACACACCAAAGAGCAAAGAAGCAUAGUUUAGAAGAAAAAAGAAGAAGAAUGUUUUACUAGUAUAUCAUCCAGAUAAUAAACAUUUAGACCUUAUUUUAUAGAUAUGAAAGUUUCGUUUUCUCGAAAAAUAUGAUAUACGAAAGUAGACUAAAAACCUUUUUUCUUAUUUAAUUUGAAAAAAAAACUUCGUCAUUUAUCAUUGUUGUCUGUUUAAAAAAAAAAAAAUCACGAAAGUAGACUGUAUGCAUAUAAAUCCUUUUGCUUUUCGGUAAAGUCAGUAUUUAAGAUAUUGUUUGAACUUUGUCAAAUGUUUGACAAAGUUCAUAAAAUAUCAAAAAAAGUACAAUUUUACAUAUUUUCAAAAAGUUGUAUCUCUAAAACUAACGAACUCCGUACCUCGACACUUUAAAGAACUUUUUAGCAUCUAUGUAUGUGUGUAUGACUAAAAUAUCAACACAAUUUGCGUAGUCGCCGAUACUAAAGCUGAGACAUACAUAAGAAGAUGAAUUAUAGCCACGUAAAAUAAAAGGCUCCCAUAUAGUUGGGAAAAUUGAAAGUGAAUAGCAGUGGCAACACUUAUGUCAAAAAUGUCUAAAUUGUAUUUGUGAUAAUUAAAUUUUUUUAUUUUCAGAAACUAGCUUUUAUUUUUUUUUAUAUUGUCAAAAAUGUUAAUGAUUUAAAUGUGAAAAAUAUAUAUAACUCAAAGGUGACUGACUGACAUA